UUGCAGCUUGUCGCACUACUCGGAGACGGAAGAGCUCAGAACGCCGGACCGAAGGAAUAUUACAAAAUUGGCGACCCUGCCAGUUCACGACAGCAGUCCACCCUAGCUAGGUUGUAGCCCUUGAGGCAAUCAUUAGCCUUCUACCAUCGUGCUGCUUGUCGUUGAAUCUCCCGAGCCUACUAUACCGCGCUCAAUGCCACUUUCAGGUACAUAAAUUGAUGCCGGUAUGGGCCAUUAUGGACGCUGAGGACAGCGCCUGCUAAGAGCUUUGAUAACAGCCGGUCCGCGGGCGUCACGGUAACACGUUAACAGCUCCUAGGUCUCCUAUGACCUUACGCGUUGGACGCGGAAGCCCUCGGUGUCAUCGACCGGAUACAUAUUACACCAAUUCCUGACACUAUCAGUUGCGAAGUUCCUGCUUGCUAAAUGGCGGACGUUGGUACCACCCUUACAGUUAAAGAAGAACCAUAUGAUUCUUCUUUUGUGGAUGAUACAAGCACUUUUGAAGCUUGCAUGCGCACAAGAUAUUCCUCAAUGGAUGAUUUUAUACACGAUUUUCGUGCUUUUCAACUUCAAACUUGCACCUCAUUUUUCAUUUAUAACUCGGAGACUGCGGACCACUGGCGAAGAUCUACGGGUCGCCAUUUGCCUCCUGGCUUCCCGUACCAGUAUGCCAAGUUUUGUUGUGUCCACCGCCGGAGGAAGGGCAAUCAAGGAAAAAGAUAUAAGAACUAUGAUUGUGCAGCAACUGUAAUCAUUCGCUUCGUCCGUUCUGAAUACCACGUUGUGAAAUGGUCUGUUAAACACAGCCAUACUUUCCAGGUCGGCAAACCAUGGCUGUACGUCACGAACCGCAGACUCACUGCAACAGAGGAGUCGCAGAUCUAUGAACUCGUUGGUUCUCUAAGCACUCAUGCUAUUCGUCAGUAUGCAUAUUCGUGUUUUCAUAAGCAGCUGGAUCCAUCGGACGUGAGGUCUAUUCGACUUCGAUGUGCAAAAGACGGUUCCAUUAAGAAAGACGAUGUUGAGUUACCUCUCGAAACGGUUUACGUGUGCGAUAUAUUGACUGGAGACCAUGAUGCAAGAGUCAGUUCUGAUAUCGACGAUAUUUGUGAUGAUUCCAUGGGAGUCUCCUCCAGUCAUUAAAUCUAGCAUAUGUUUUACCAUCUCCGUGCAGUAUGCUGCGCAACGGGACGUAAUCAUGGGCGGCUCUUUCAAUGCAGUAGCCUUCGUUUGGUAAAGCAGAUCAGUGUUUUCUGGUCUUACUUUACCUGUGACCACUUCUACUACCGCACAACGUGGAGCGGAAUGAGCCAGGCCGAUUGAAUUCACCGCACAUUGCAUUCGUUGGAGCGGGCGUGAUCACUAUGGUAACAUGAAGUUAUUCUGUGCUCAGCAUCUGCUUUUCUGAGGCACUCGUCUUCAUUCGUUGCGUUCUAAAAGCUGUUGCUUUGUCAUCUUCGCAGGCGUCUAUCGUGGAUUCUGGCUGACAACCAUGGAUGGUGUUCUUUUUCACAACCACGCAUGUGCUGUAUUUUCCUAAUAUACUCUCAUCGAUUCA